CGACACAGCCUAAACCCAUUUGUGGAAGAUGGGAAGGAAAGGAAGCAGGAGUGCCUCAAUGGCCUCCUACUUAGCAACUCUUCUAGUGGUGAUGCUUUCCUUGAUAAGCUUGCCGGUAGAGACCACGGCCACCUACCCCUACUCAUCUCCACCACCUCCUCCUUAUCACUACAAAUCACCACCACCUCCUCCUCCUUACCACUAUCACUCUCCUCCACCACCACCUACACAUCCCCACCACCCAUCCCCUCCUUACCAUUACAAAUCUCCUCCACCACCACCUAAACAUCCUCAUCACCCACACCCUCCUUACCAUUACAAAUCUCCUCCACCACCACCAACACAUCCUCAUCCUCAUCCCCAUCCCCAUCCUUACAAGUACAAGUCCCCACCACCUCCCCCUCACCCAGUCUACAAAUACAAGUCUCCACCACCACCACCACCUCACCCAGUUUACAAGUACAAAUCACCACCACCACCUCCACCUCACCCAGUCUACAAAUACAAGUCUCCGCCACCACCACCACCUCACCCAGUUUACAAGUAUAAGUCUCCUCCUCCACCACAUAAGCACCCACAUCCACAUCCCUACAAGUAUAAGUCUCCACCACCACCUCCACCUCACCCAGUGUACAAAUACAAGUCUCCUCCACCACCUCCACCACACCCAGUAUACAAGUACAAGUCUCCCCCACCACCUCCACCUCACCCAGUAUAUAAAUACAAGUCUCCACCUCCACCACCACCGGUGCACAAGCCACCAACUCCCUACGUGUAUGCUUCACCUCCUCCUCCACACCACUACUGAUGAAAAGAGUUUUUGAGGAACGGAAAGGAGGUCUUUCUACAAUGGAUAAAAUGGAAUAAAAAGGAGGAAGCAAAUCUUUUCUGUGAGGGAAGUAAGGCGAGUCUCCCGGUGUUGUUUUUUCUUUUUCUGAGAUGGUGUAAAAUAAUCAAUCAGAAAAAAGAAGGAAAAGGGAGAAAGCUUCAGUAUCUCUUGUAAUAUCAGUGUAGUGCAGUUUGUGCGAAGGACUAUCCAUAUAUAUGUGUAGUUUUCGAUCCUUCAGCGAAUGAAGAGAUUGAUUUGUUAGAGUUCCCAGAAAGCUCGAGUUGUGUUUACAGUAUUUCUGAUUUGCUUCUUUAAUUUAAUCUACCCAACUUAAAUAAAUGAUCAGGAGGUCAAGAAAUCA